CAACCCAAGGUCUACAACAAGGGGGUCGCCUCGAGAGACCCGGCUCCAGCAGAAGCUGCGUCCACGACCAUCCCUCGACGAAUGAUACAAAAAUUCGACUUGGUCAAACCACACCGAAGAAACUGUAGCCCCUCCAGGCGUUUUUCAGCGGAUCGUUUCCUUGGCAAGUCGGCCCGGCCACGUCCGUCACCAUCGCCGCCAACUUGUACAACGACGCCACCUUAACCAAAGUGCAACGGUACUAUGGCGUGGCAUACAUCGAUCGCAACCACCGCAUUGUCAUCGAUCGGAUCAAUGCCAUUAUUCAUGCACACAACAAUUUGGCUUGACGACAUCCAAGCCCCGUGCCCGUCCCUCGUUCCAUCUUCCCUGGUCAAUGCCACCACAUUCGAGAAAUGGGCUUCCCCUCGCCGAGGAAUUUGUGUGGAUCGUUCAAAAACACAACGAAAACGGCAAUGUCCACGUGUACCAAACCAUGCAGCAAGGAAAACAUCCUGUUUCUCUGGUCGCCACUUCUGUGCGCGUUGGCUUGCAACUAGACCCGUGCGUGGUAGAGUGGGAUCGAACCAUAGCCAGAGGAUGCGAGUCCAGAGGAGCUGAGCCCGAGGACAUGGCCAUCAGUCGCCUGGCAGAAGGGACCCACGAGCACUUGCAUGACUUUGUAGCCUCAACACGUUGUUCAUCGUAAACAUGGCCGCAAU